AUGCCCUUUAUCUCGAAAGAUUGGCGCUCGCCGGGAGAUUCCUGGGUGAAGACUGACGAAGGAUGGGAAAAGCUGAAGGUGCUCGAGUGUGUCAAGCGGAAAAGGUGCAUAUCAGAAUGUAGCAGUACUAGCGACACUGAGAACGAUAAUGAGAAUAGUGACAACGAAGUAGUACCGCCCCACUGUCACAUCACACUCAAGUGUACCCGCGAGAUCGCCGGUUUCAAUGGACUCGGCGAAGCGGUACGUCGGUUAGAUUUUCGCAGCUCAGUCCGCGACGGACGCCGCUUCAACUACGUCUGUGCGCUGCUCCGUUUGCUCGUGUCCGGCAAAGGAAUCACCAGCCUUCCGGGCGGUGCCCAACGCCUACUGCUCCAGAUGCUGGAGGAAGUGGCCACAUACGUCGGUGAAUCGCAGCAAAACAUCAAUGUACUGCGCGGGUUGGUGCAGCAAUUGCGCGCACUGCUAAAUCAGGAGAAUCAAAAGUGCUGGGGCAAACCGCUCGGCAGCCAAAGCUUGUGGGCCGAGCAUGUGCAAACGAUCCAGCGCAUACAGGAUAUAGCUAGUCAGAUUGAAAUUAAGGAGCCCGGUCCAAACAUACGUCCGAAGCUACACGACCUGCCCGAGGAGUGUGUGCGGGAAAUCAUACUCCGAAUCACCGACUACAAGGAUCUGGAAGCGUCCGCUUCCGCCUGGUCACUGAUGGCGGCCCUCAUCUCCGAACAGCGCGUCUGGCGCGAACUGUCCCAGUACCAAUUUACCAAGCAGCAAAUCGAUGUGAUACUAGAGAAGAUGUGUCUGCAGGACACGAAGGAGCGACACCGCAACUGGCAAGCGAUCUAUCACGCCCUGAGAAAGAUGUACGGGGUACGGGAGGAGUUGCAAUAUGCGGAAAUUUUAGCAUUCUGUCGGCUGUGCCGUUGCCUGUUCUGGCCAUCGGCUGGACAUCCGUGCAUCGUUGACCAGUGUCCCGACUUUCGGCAGCGCGUACAGGAAGCCGGCAAUAGCAAUAGUAACGAAACGCAACCCGUACCACCGGCCAAGUUUCUGCAGUACUUUUCGCUGUAA